UUUAAUAGUAGUGAUUAUGCAAAGUUGGAAAAAAAUAAAGCAGAUAUGCAAAAAAUGAUGGAUAUACUAAAAAUACUUGAUAAGUUGGUAAUCAACGAAUUGGCAGAUAGUAAUGCAUUGAAUAUGAACAACACUGAUGACCCUCAUGAUGCCUGGACAAAUGAAUCGUCUGGAGUGGUUGAAAAAUGGGAGGAUAUCAUAUGCAUAAUUGAAACAAUAAACAGAAUGAUUCCGGGAAAUACAGGACGUAUGAAUGGAAUAAUACGCAAUAUGAAAAGAGACAAAUGUAAAAUAGAUGGCUACAGUAACAAAUACCUGUAUGAAUUGAUAGACAUGAUGAAUAAGAUGAUAAAUGAUGCUGAGGGUCUAAAAGGGGAGGAAUACAAGGAAGUAUAUGAUCAAAUAGCAAUCAUUUGCAACGAGAUCAAAAAGAAGAUAUGCAUGUAUUUGAUCAAAAGGAUUAGGAUGUUAGAUCCUGCUAAUCUAAUUUUUCAUGAAAUAGAUAAAACAGUGGUAAUAAAGUAUAAUGAGCGCUUUAAAGAAUUGAAACGUAAUAAUAAGAGUAUAAGUUAUCAAAUAAAGAUUUUCGAUAAGAUGCUGAAUGAAAUGAAACCUGCUCAAUUGAAGAAGAUAAUGUAUACUGUUGUGAAAAGUGUAUGUAAAAAGCAUAUUAAUAAGGAUUACAGGUUGAGCAAAGAAGAAGGUGAGAAAAAUGUUGAAGAGGCUAUCAAAGCAUUGCCACAUCUUGGAGCGAUCAUAAACAAUUCUGGAAGCAAUGCAUUGAAUAGUGGGGUGGAGAAGAAUUAUAGUGUGAAGAAUGCAUUAGUGCUAUUGAUACUGUUUAUGCUGACAUUGACCUAUAAAGACAUGAUAGAUCAAGAGAUGAUGAAAGAUUUGAUAAAUCAAAAGAUGGAUGACAGCAGCAAGCCCAUAGCAGCGGUUGAAAUCAAUCAGCGAAAGAUGAUGAUUGAGAGUAGUGCGUGA